ACAGGCCGGGAUAUGAAAAAUAAUAAGGAUUAUAUGUGUCUAAGGAGGAAGAAGGAGGCCUUGCUCGACCGAGGAGGGCCCAACGCGGGUCAAAGCGAGGCUGACACGCGUCCGGGCCAGUGAUCGUGUGAACGCGACGCUUCGGAAGAGGAGAGGAAAUACAGCCUCUGAGGGGAAAAGUGAAGAAAAUAAAUGUCCCUCAGGCUCCAUUGAGAGACAAAAUGGAGGAUCUGAAGAGAAAAGCGUCCAUCCUUCAGGAAGGAAGAGAUGCCCCUCAGGUUGCCUUUGAAGGGAAAAUGGAGGUCUUGAGGAGACAAGCGGGUGUCCCGCAAGUCCCCCUGCAAAAGAAAACGGGUUCCUUGAGGGAGAAGGUGGGUGCGUCACAGGAAGGAAUGGAUGCCCAGCUGGAUGUCUUGAAAGAGAAAAUGGGCUCCAUGAGGGGAAAAGUGGACUCCCUGCAAGAGAGAAUAGAUACCUCUCAGGGAGCUCUGCAAAGGAAAACGGGCAACCUAGAUGUUGCUAAGCAAGAGGAAAUGGACUCCAUAGGGAAGAAAGUGGGUGAAGCAAAGGAGAUAUUGGGCAAGAGAGAGAAGACUGAAUCCUUGAAGGAAGGAAUGAGCAUCCUACAGGUUGCCCCACAUGAGAGAAUGGAUGCUUUGCGGAAGAAGAUCCUCAAGAGUGGCCUGUUUGGUUUUGAGCAAGAGGGUGGCUGUUCGGACAUGGCCUUCACCCUUCGUGGUGUCCCUUUGCUGGAGGAAGGGGCUGCCCUCCUUCUAGGUGCUUUGGGCAGCAACGUCCUUAUGGAGAAGAUGGACACCUUGCGACGAGAAGUGGAAGACACCCAAAAGGAUGACCUUUUGGGAUCCCUGCGAGAAAAGAUGGAGAGCCUGCAGAGGAAAGUGGCCGCCCCCUUGGAAAUGGAGGACCCGAAAUGGACAUUGGGGACCAUGGAUAAAUGGGAAGCCCUUCAGACAACCUUGUGGGGUCUCCUCCGGGAUGCUCAGCUGCAGGAGAAGAUGUCAACCAUCCUAGAGAAGAUGGGUGCCCCAUGGACAGAAAUAUGGGCUCUGCAGAAAGAGGUCCCUGUGUCCUUUGAGGAGGUUGCUGUGCAUUUCACCAAGGAAGAAUGGGCCCUGCUGGAUUCAGGUCAAAGAGCCCUAUACAGAGAAGUUAUGCUGGAGAAUUAUGGGAAUGUGGCCUUUCUCGGCAGUGACAAAACAUCAAUGAUGCAAUCCAGAUCUGCUCCUGUGUGUGAUGAAUUGGGAAAAGCUAUUCUGCACUCAGAUCAGGUCCCAGUGUCCUUCGAGGAGUUGGGAGCAGAAGAUUUCACCAAAGAGGAAGGGUCCCUGCCAAAUCCAGAGAAAAAAGCCCUGCAGAAGGAAACAAUGGAGGAGAAGCUAAAGACCGGCGCUCUUCCGGAUGGCUCUCUGAUGCCCAAGUCUGGCAUUAUCCCCAGACUUAAUGAAAUGGAGGAAGAACUGUGUGUCCAGGAAAGAUUGCCAGCUAAGGAUGUGCUUAAUUCAUCACUAGAAAACCACUGGGAACCCUGCCCAGCAGAGAAGACAUUAAAAUUCCCAGAGUAUGAAAAGAGCUUCAGCUGCCAUCAGAGAGUGCAGAUGGAGGAGAAACCGUUGCAGUCUCUUGAAUCAAGAAAAUGCAUCAACCAGACUGCAUCAAGCUUUGCUUACCACUAUAAAGAAGUUGUGGUGGAAAAACCCUAUAAAUGCCUGGAAUGUGGAAAGUGCUUCAGUCAGAGUGGGCGGCUUAUUAUCCAUCAACGAAAUCACCCAAGGGAAAAAUCAUAUAAAUGCCUGGAGUGUGGGAAGAACUUCAAUUCAGGUCCAGGCCUCACCUACCAUCAAAGGAUCCACACAGGUGAGAAACCCUAUAAAUGUCUGGAGUGUGGAAAGAGCUUCCGUGGCCAUAACCAGCUUACAGAUCACCAGAGGGUACACACAGGGGAGAGGCCAUUUCAGUGUGUGGAGUGUGGGAAAAGCUUUAGCCAGAGUGGGCAGCUGACGAUACAUCAAAGGAUACACUCAGGAGUGACUCCCUAUAAAUGUCUGGAAUGUGGAAAGAGCUUCAGUUCAAGCACAGGCCUCAGCCGCCACCAAAGGACCCACACCGGGGAGAAACCCUUUAAAUGCUUGGAGUGUGGUAUGAGCUUCAGCCAAAACAUAAGCCUUACGUACCAUCAAGUGGUCCAUACUGGGGAGAAACCCUACAAAUGCCUGGAGUGUGGAAAGUGUUUCCCUAGGCAUGAACUUUUGACCAUCCACCAAAGAGUUCAUACAGGGGAGAAACUGUACACUUGCCAGGAAUGUGGGAAGAGCUUCAGCUGGAGCACAAGUCUCACCUACCACCAACGAAUGCACUCUGGGGAGAAACCGUACACAUGCGCAGAAUGUGGCAUGAGCUUCCGCAGCCACCACCACCUUACUGAUCAUCAAAGGGUGCACACUGGGGAGAAACCGUUCAAAUGUUCGGCAUGUGGGAAGUGCUUUGGUCAGAGCAACGGCCUUGCCCGUCACGAGAGAACCCACACAGGGGAGAAACCCUUCACGUGUGUGGAGUGCGGAACGAGCUUCAGUCAGAGUGGGCAACUCGUUAUACAUCUGAGAGUACACACUGGAGAAAAGCCCUAUCAGUGUCCAGAGUGUGGUAUGGGAUUCCGCCAAAACAGAAGCCUCAUCCGGCACCAGAGAAUCCACACUGGGGAGAGACCUUUCAAGUGCUUGGAGUGUGGAAAGGAUUUUAGCCAGGAUUCCCAUCUCAUGUCACAUAAAAGAAUUCACACAGGAGAGAAACCAUAUAAGUGCCUGAUAUGUGGAAAGAGUUUUCUGAGGCAUGAAUACCUGACCAUCCAUCGAAGACAUCAUACUGGGGAGAAGCCGUUUAAAUGCCCAGAGUGUGGCAAGGCCUUCAUGAAGCGAGACUCUCUUAUUUGCCACGAAAGAACCCACACUGGGGAGAAACCCUACAAAUGCCUACAGUGCGGAAAAGGUUUCAGACAGAACAGAAGCCUUGGCUUCCAUCAGAGAGUCCACACUGGGGAGAAACCCUUUAAAUGCCUGGAGUGUGGAAAGCUCUUUAGGCUUAGUGCAAACCUUACUGUGCAUAAAAGAAUCCACACUGGGGAAAAGCCCUAUCAAUGCCUGGAAUGUGGAAAGAGCUUCAGUCAGAACAGAAGUCUCAUCUACCAUCAAAGAGUGCACACUGAGGAAAAAACGUUUAAAUGCCUUGAGUGUGGAAAAAGCUUCACGCAAAACAGAAGCCUUCACUUCCAUCAGAAAGUUCACACUGGGGAAAAACCCUUUAAAUGCCUGGAGUGUGGAAAGCUCUUUAGACUUAGUGCAAACCUUGCUGUACAUAAAAGAGUCCACACAGGUGAAAAGCCCUAUAAAUGUCCAGAGUGUGGAAAGGGCUUCAGUCAAAACAGGAGUCUUAUCUAUCAUCAGAGAGUCCAUAAAAAGGAGAAACCGUUUAAAUCUCUAGAAUAUGUGAAUUACAUUGGUGACAGCAUGGGACUUGCCUGCCAGCAGAGCAAAUCAGUAAAUAAGCCAUGGAAUGAAGUUCCAUGGCUUGUUUAGGUGUAUCAGCUUCAAGCGGUAGCAAUUGUGUAGCAUGCACUGUCACACUGUCCAUAUACCAUAAGCCAAGUUUUUCAUGGUACCCUGGCUUUGCAUGAUAUGUGAUAGUGGCCAGUUAGUUGAACUCUUUCAUCACAUCACAUCCCUUGUUCUGAAUGCUAAAAUCUGAAAUACUCCAAAGUCUGAAAUUGUCUGCUUUGCUUUCAGGUAAUGUAAAGUACACAAACUUAUUAAAAUAUUAAAAAUAUUAUGUAUAAAAUUACCUUCUGGCUAGGUGUAUAAGGUAUAUAUGAAACACAAAUGAACUGCAUGUCCCAUCUCCAUGUUAUCUCAUUAUAUAUAUGUAAGCAAAUAAAAGUCUUCCACAAUUCAAAACUUCUGGUACCACAAAUUUGGGAUAACAAAUACUCAACCUGUAACCUGCAUAGAAGAGUGAACUUUUAAAUGUGUAAUGUGCUUUGAUAAGUAUACAUGUCUAGCAUGUGGAAAGAACCUGGAUAAGAAGCAAUUUCCUUGUGCUAAGGGUUAAAACAAUGGCCAAAGUUCUGUCCACAAUAGGCAUGGUUGUGUGGCCAGAGACAUCUCGUAUUCCUGUCUUCAGUACAUAGAAUUGGCCUUGCUGGAUGGGUGCCAUCUCCUAGAUCAGGGCCCCUCAAACUACAGUCCAUGUGCUGGUUCCAGUUUGUCAAGGUCCUUUCUCUGCCCCCCACCCUAAACUUUACACUCACCAUUCUAGGUCGUCCAAUGAACUCUGUUAUUCUGGGACUGGAAAUGAGGCAAUUCUGUGUUGUUCAUGUGUAUCCAGUUUCAUGUAACAGUGUAUCCACUGGGAACGUAUGCCUGUGGAUAUGGGUGUCUAAGUAUAUAAGUUGACAAUACAUUUCUUUCUAGGGUUUUCAAAAGAGAUUUUAUUAUCAUGUGUGUCAUCACUUUAAACACCCAUUUAAAGUAUAAGUUAGUAUCCCUCCCCAAUAUAGAACCUAAUUUUGCAUUGCUGCUGUUCUUAUUCGGAGAUGCUGGUUAUAAUUUUAAAAAUGUUGUGAUUAAUGGGUUUUGUUUAUGGCCUGAUCCACAAAAUACUACAGAAUCUUUGGUCCCUUUUUGGCUUACAAAGCAAGCCAGGCUUUAUUUAACCUCCAUGUUUCAGCAGCGUUUUCAUCAAAGUGAGAAUCCUGUCUGCUAUAUUCAACCACUGGGACCUUACUUUAAUGGAUGGUGCUUUGGAGUAAACUGAAAGGCAGUUUUGAAAUUUAACAUUAUGAGAAAAUCAUGUUGGCUUAUCUGUGAUAUAGCUCAUCAGUUGUUUUGUUUUUUUCUGUGUUGUUUCUCAUUGAAAUGUCUGAAGUUUCAAAGGCAUAAUACUGGUGUUUGUACAAUUUUAAUCCUCCGUUCACCCAAUCUGCAUUGAUUGUCAUCUGAGUUAUUUUGCAAUGAUAUGGACAUCUCAUUUGUAUGACAGACAAUAGAAAAUCUCACAUCUGAGAUAAAUAUUUGAAGGUAUAGAAUCAAAAGUAUUUGACAAUAUUGAAAAAUAUGUAGAUCUUUGUAUGAGGUGGAGUAUUUUGUUUAAAUGACUGCUAACUUUCUUCUAUGAAAAAGAAUGUAACAAGUCAAGUCUUCUGUGUUUGUCAAAUCCUGCUUUGUUUUUUCUCCUGCCAAUUUUUGUUUUAGCAAACACAAGAGUCAAAAUAAAUAAGGCUAAAUAGCCCUAGUUGAGUAUAUCUUUUUUCUAAAUGCUUGGGAAGAAAGUGUUCUGGAUUUUGGAAUACAUUUUAUUUGCAUAUACAUACUUAAUGAGCUAUCUUUGAGAUGAAACCCAAAUAUAAACAUGCAGAUUGUGUGUUUCAUAAACAGUUUAUAUACAGAGUCUAAUAAAAAUAUACUUUUAUACACCAUUUUAAUAACUUGGCAUAUGAAACAAAGUUUGUGUCCAUUGAACCAUCAGAAAGUAAACUAUCUUGGCUUCCCAUGUGGACAAUUUUAAGCUUUGGAAUAUUUCAGAUUUUAGAAUUUCAGAUAGUGGAUGCUCAAUCUGCAGAUUAAUGGUGUUGUGGUCCAGACAUCUAUCCAAUAAUAAAACAUUCUCUGUCAGGGAAAUGUUUCCCAAUAUUCCUGCAAUGAAAGGUCUUACUUAUAUUUAUGUGUGAUAAAAUUGAGUAUAAAACUUUGCACACUUGUUCUAUCAGACUCUCUUUUUGCUGGAUAGUGUUUUGACCAGGUGUGAGCAUCUUACUUGACAAGGUAUCAUUUCCUUUUCAGUUCUGAUGUACCCAUUUCACGUGCUGAACUGGGAUGCAUCUGCACAGUAGAAUUAAUGCAGUCUGAUGCCACUUAUAACCCCCAUGGCACAAUACUGAGACUCCUGGGAUUUGUAGUUUGGCGAGGCACCAGUUCUCCUCAGCAGAGAACUCUAAUCACCUUGUAAAACUACAGCUCCUACUCCAGAUAAUGAAGCAAGUUAAUGCAUUUAUUGACCUGAGCAUUUACUAUUCUUCACUUUGUAAUCCUAAUAAAAAUAGAUCCGGGCCUAGUCGGUUUGGGACUGAUCUCUGCCUUUUUUCUGUCUUUUAAUCUUUCUCCUAAAUGUCAGUAACUUUCUUUUGUUUAAAAUAUUUAUUAAUGCAGAAAGUUAAGGACUAUGCACAAGGUUUUUUGGAUGAACGGAACUAUGCACUUUAUAUGUUUUAAGUUUUGUAUAUACUGUUUCAUGUGUAUUAAUGCUUAAUGUAAAUCGUUUUUAAAAAACUGUUUUAUGUUUUUAAUGUGUUGUUAUUUUUAUCGGCAUUGAAUUUUUGCCAGAUCUGUAAGCCUCCUUGAGUCCCUUCAGGUAAGAAAGGUGGGAUAGAAAUGACAUAAAUCAAUAAAUCAAUAAAUAAAGUUCAACCCAUAUCUA